AUGGCAAAUGGGCAAAUCACGGCUCAUAUAUUUCAUCUUGUCUUUUGGGGCCCUUGGGGUUUCCUCAAGCUUCAGGAGCAGCUCCAUAGUGUAACCCCGUCACUCCGUCACUCCGUACCCGUGCCUACAUUGCAAGGUGGUGGUUGCUGCACGAUCCGAGUCGGCGGUACUCGGGCGGAACAUGGGGCCCCACCAUUGACUACUGCCAUUCUGCAGCUCACUCGCCGCUUCUUGCCUCGACCGGCGCUUGUAGCGCAGACGUACAUUCCUUCCUGCGUAGACCUGGAGACUGGAGUGAAGUGCCCUAGGCCUGAACUCGACGACGACCAAGGUCUCUUUGGCCCAUCGUCCCAACUUCAACCUCCUCUUCAACCGGCAUCUCACGCGCGCGCAAGCAACGCCCAUUCACCACCUAGCUAUGCGGCACCGCAGUACUUCCUACACCUGCACGGCGCUGACCGCAGCCAAAUGUCGAGUCGCAAGCAGCCCGGCUGCACGCAACUGCACAACCAGCAACACCUCAGGAGACCCGCUGCUCUAUCUGGAAGAGGGAUAAACCUGCGACGCAACAUCUACCAGGGGACCACCAUCAACAGCAUCAUCCCUCAUCCUAGAAUCCGGAAGCUGCUAAGAUAUGCAGCCCAUCAUCAAGUCAUUAUUAGCCUGCCGUUGUUCGGAACCAUCAAGGAUCGAUCGUCCAACGAUGACACAAAUCACGGGCUGUCGUGUGCCGCCCCGAAUCACCGCCGUUCCGCCGUUGCGCUUCAGGGUCCUUUCAACCCAUCCCGCCCCUGUCAUGUCACGCUUUCCCCGUUGGGACUCUUUGUCACUGUCUCCAUCGAUUCCAAUCUCCAUGCCGCCGGUCUAGACGACGUCUCCUCCCUCCGGCAUGCUAGCAAGGGACCUUGCCAGUCCCUGAACCUGAAGUGCGCCCUCUACUGUUAUGUCACGGCCCCAAUUUCCAAACCGGCAUCGAAGAACUUGGAUACUCUAAUCAAAGACCUCACAACUCACCACUCUUCAAAUAAGCCAAAGUCCAGAUCUGGUGGACCGUGGACCAGCCUCAGUUCCUGGGCCAGAGAAAAACCCACACACCACCACGACCGAAUAUCAUCUUGGCCCAACCCACAGCAUGUGUUCUACGGUCAUCUUACCGCCGCCAGCAAGGACACCUUUAACCGCCAUCCCCUGCCCGUCAAACGUCGAAAUGCCACGUCGGCUCACCUGCCGAAAAAGGCCCCCAAAGGCUCUCGUGCUCUACCAUCUUCUGACGUUUUUCGACAAAUGACCUUGAAACUCGACAACUUAAUUGACUCUUCUUCCCGCCUUCUCCUGCGGGAGACCCCCACGAAUCCCUGCAUGUCACGCCUUCCGACCGCCUCGCCUCAACAAUCAGCAAGCCAUAAACCUUCCCGAGAGACACAUCCCUCGUGGUUUCACGAUGCCAGCCCGGCGUCUCUAUCGCUAGCGUUCCCGGUGGCCGUCGGCUCCGACCAGUGGCGAAUCUUGCCCGGUGAAGAUAUACCCGAAGUCUGUAUUUCGGUCCGAGGCCAUGAUGGAACAGUGACACACCUCCACGUCCGCAACGGCUCGAUUGCAUGUGAAACGGCGUUAAUGAUAUAUCUGUACCUUAUUCUCGUGGUUUCUCCGCGAUCCUCACGACCUGCUGCAUUUAUAGACUCCACAUUCUUCACGUGCUUUGAGCCGAAAAGUCCUAUUACCCCGCGGAGACGAAAACGCAAAGUUGCGGUAGUUCUGUCACUAGAAGUCUACAGGUUUCCAUACAAAGUCUUUUCGAAACAAAAAUGCUGCAUCGACCGAUUGAAAGAGGAUGUCACGCCUGGGUGUUUGCAAGCGCCAGACGAGGCAACGGCGGCAAACUGGACGAGUUUCACCGCUCUCCCAAAAAGCACCAAAGCCGAACCAAACCGGUCAACCGCAACAUUCGAGACAGCAUGCAGCUGUAUCGCCGGGCCACUGCAGAGGAGAGUGUGGCUCUGGGUGUUGAUUGACGGUUUCCCGCCCUCCGCCCUCCACUUUCCGACAUCAUACUGUCAGAAGGUCGCGGCCCGACGAUCUCGAACCGAUGGGAAUAGUCUUGGGUACGGAUGUUGGACCGUCUUUCCUACAACUCAAUCAUCGCGGUUUAGACACACAAGGCCAGUCGUACUUACUGGUCUUGCACGAGUCUUGCGUAUUCUCAAGUAUUAUGAGGGUCUCCUCGUAGAUCUUCGCUCCUUCCGCCGACGGAGCUCCGCCUGGGAGACUCAUGUGAAACCCUCCCAUCGUUACAAACCCCAACUUUCCAUAGAGCGGCACAGCGUCCGUCGUGCUUUGAAGGAAUACCGGGAGCCCCUCAGCUCUGGCGGCCUCCGUAGCGGCAUGUAUCAGAGCUUUCCCCGCGCCGCGGCCUCGGAAGCGGUAGUCAGUGCACAAGAACGUCGAAUAAAGAGCCGGGCAUCUCCGCCGGGCCCGGGUCCGCCGCCGUCGGUGGUGUCCGGUGCCGGCGGAGAGAGAACGCCCAUGAGAUGUCAGCAACUAGAAGAUUUGGGGCUUUGA